AUGAUCCCUCGUCGGCCCCAGCUGUUCCGCGCAUCGCUCCAGGUCAAGGGCUAUCAGAGAGCAGGAUCCCAGAACCCCUGCGCGUCCGAGGCCGGCGCCUCCGAUGCUGACGCAGCCGCCUUUCUGCUCUCCCGCCCCUUCGAACACUUCGCGCACAUGUCUAUCAAGCAACUCUGCCACCAGCACUUGGUCCUGGCCGCACGCGGUUUCACUCACCUCGAGUUUCGCCAGGCCAACCUUUGGAUGGCGGUCUUCCAAAGGCCCAGCCGCCAGACAGAGCCCAACCUUGUCGAGGUCGCCUACCUCGAGACUUUCAUCGAGCGCUGCGACGGGAACCGAUCUGCGGGGGGGCGCCCAAUGAAGCACGCCGAGAGCCGUCGCCUGCCCGACCCCACGACCCGCCGCGGCGAAGCCAGAACCGCGCUCCCCCGGGGUACAAUGUCGGAGUUCGCGGGCGCCGGGAUGCCGAUGCAGGGCGAGGCGCGACUGCUGAGCGGGCUCACCGAGAAGGCGAUACGCAACGGCUUCGUCCGGAAGGUCGCUGCUCUGCCGUGCAUCCUCGGCCCUCGGCCCUACCCGCCAGGGCAUGUCCACGUCCACUGCUUCGGAGUCGUGCCCCCCCCGGACUUCGAGGAGGAGUGCCAGGUGUAUGGUAUCCUGGGGGCGCAGCUGGUCGCCACCGCUGUCAUCGGCCGGAUCAUCAUGAGCGUUGGCGACUCUUUGCAAGAGAGCACGGUCCUUUUCCUGCUGUUCAUGUCGCUGGCGAUCUCGGUGGCGAUGAUGUGCGUGUUCAUGUGUAGACCAGAUAUGAUGCGCAAGUCUCCGUCGAAUUACAUCUGUCUCGGGCUGUACACGCUCGCGAUGGGCAUCAUGGUCGGUUUCAUCAGCGCCCAGUACACCCAGGAGUCUGUACUCAUCGCCCUCGGCAUCACGUGUCUCGUCGUGGUUGGCCUGACUGCGUUUGCCUGCCAAACAACGUACGACUUCACAGGCUGCGGGCCCUACCUGUUCUGUGCCUGCCUCGUUCUGAUGGGCUUCAGCUUCACACUGUGGAUCGCCUCCAUGGCUGGUCUCCACGGCCCAGCCUUCCAGACUGCGCGCCUCGUCUAUUCCGCCAUGGGUGCCAUGCUCUUCUCGGCCGUCUCCCAGCUGGCUGCAGGCGAGGUCGCCUACCUCGAGACUUUCAUCGAACGCUGCGACAGCCGUCGCCUGCCCGACCCCACGACCCGCCGCGGCGAAGCCAGAAACGCGCUCCCCCGGGGUACAAUGUCGGAGUUCGCGGGCGCCGGGAUGCCGAUGCAGGGCGAGGCGCGACUGCUGAGCGGGCUCACCGAGAAGGCGAUACGCAACGGCUUCGUCCGGAAGGUGUAUGGUAUCCUGGGGGCGCAGCUGGUCGCCACCGCUGUCAUCGGCCGGAUCAUCAUGAGCGUUGGCGACUCUUUGCAAGAAAGCACGGUCCUUUUCCUGCUGUUCAUGUCGCUGGCGAUCUCGGUGGCGAUGAUGUGCGUGUUUAUGUGUAGACCAGAUAUGAUGCGCAAGUCUCCGUCGAAUUACAUCUGUCUCGGGCUGUACACGCUCGCGAUGGGCAUCAUGGUCGGCUUCAUCAGCGCCCAGUACACCCAGGAGUCUGUACUCAUCGCCCUCGGCAUCACGUGUCUCGUCGUGGUUGGCCUGACUGCGUUUGCCUGCCAAACAACGUACGACUUCACAGGCUGCGGGCCCUACCUGUUCUGUGCCUGCCUCGUUCUGAUGGGCUUCAGCUUCACACUGUGGAUCGCCUCCAUUGCUGGUCUCCACGGCCCAGCCUUCCAGACUGCGCGCCUCGUCUAUUCCGCCAUGGGUGCCAUGCUCUUCUCGGCCGUCUCCCAGCUGGCUGCAGGCGAGCAGAAGGGAGCAGAGAUGGAGCAGGUCAUCCAGCAACUUCAGGCGCAGGUCCUGCAGCUGACUCAGCAGUUGCAGGCGGUCCAACAGGGCGCGGCCCAGCAGGGCGGCAUGGCGGACGCGGUGGCCGCCAUCAGGGAGCUCGCCAGGGCCCAGGCGGACAGAUCUCGACCGACGCUGGUCGACACCAGGGGCCUAGGGAGGCCGAAGGUCUUCAGCAACAAGGAGGACGAUUUCCAGAACUGGUCCCAGAAGGUGGAGUCGUUCUUCAGCGGGGUGUUCCCGGAGGCGGAGCGGCUUCUGGAGUGGAGCGCGGACCAAGGAGGAGAGGUCGAGCUGGACGCGGUCAGGGACGAGUUCGGGGAGCUCCAGGACGACCCUGAGCGCAGGGUCGAGCAGCUGGAGGCGAUCACGCAUCAGCUGUUCACGGCGCUGAUCCAGCUGACGGAGGGUGAGUCGCUGAACAUCGUGAAGAAUUCUAAGAAGAACCCGUACGAGGCGUGGCGGCGGCUCCAGAAGAGGUUUGACCCAGCCACGGGAGGCCGCAAGAGGAACCUCCUUCGGACGAUCCUGAAUCCAGGGAGGUGCCGCAUUGACGACCUGCAGGCGUCGAUCGAGCGGUGGGAGAACUACGUCUCCAGGUAUGAGAAGAAGGUGAACCACGCCAUGGACGACGAGCUGAAGCUCGCAGGGUUCGAAGCGCUGGUGCCUGAGGAGCUGGAGAAGCACUUGAUCAUGAAUGCGAACAGGCUGCAGACGUAUGAUCAGGCGAGGCUCGAGGUCGUCACAUACGUGGAGGCCAAGACGGGGCUUCGCAUCAGGGACAAGAAGCCGAGCGACAACAUGAGCACUGACCCAGACGCGAUGGACACCUCGGCGCUGAGCCUCAACUCGCUCAAGGGCGGCAAGAAAGGUCCGAAGGGAGGAUGCUACAACUGCGGAGGCAACCACUUCGCGAAGGACUGCAAGAAGGGCAAGACUGGCCAGAGCAGGGACUCCAAAGGCAAAGGUGUUUGGUCGAUGGGAGCGUUGACCUUAGGCAGUCUCGAGGAGUGGAAGCCGGAGGUGCCGAAGGACAUCGGCGCGAUCGAGGACAGCAAGUACGAGUGGGUCAAGAUGAACCUGGACUCGGGAGCUGGGGUGACCUCGUUCCCAUUGGAGUUCGGGCCGGAGAGCACGGGCAACGGCAGCCUCUACAAGACGGCAAGCGGCGAGUGCAUUCCAGACGGGGGCCCUUGGGAGUUCCUCGGCUAUGACGAGAACGGCCGGUGGAGAUCCUUGAAGGGCAGGCUCAGCGGCGUUCACAAGGUGCUGUGUUCUGCAGGCAAGAUGGCGACGAAUGGCAGGCAGAACUUCUACAUGACGGCGGACGGCGGCUGGGUCAUCCCGAAGGACUCGGACAUAGGCCGCGAGAUCGACAGGUCCAUCGAGAGGUGCGUCAGCCGGUACGGCACGGACGAGUUGAUCCCUCUGUACUUGGAGGACCAGGUGUACAAUUUCUACAUGCAGAGGGAGAUCUCGGCGACCACCGUCGAGAGGAAGAAGGAGGUCGUCACGGGGGGCUCGAGUUCGGGAAACGGCUCGGGCAGGGCGCCAGAGCGCCCGAGACGGGCGAGGACGAUCAAGGAGCUGAAGCACAGGGAGCUGAAGCACAAGAGAGAGUUCGAGUUGGAUCCGGAGUUCGGCGAGAACGUGGUACCGAUUGUGGCCUUCGACUACGGCUUCAUGACGCAAGAGGGCGCGGACACGUACCCGAUCCUGGUGGUUCGGGAGACCAGGUUCAAGCAUGCGGCGGCGACGUGCGUGGAGGCAAAGGGCGUGAACGCCUACGCGGUUGCGUUCAUGGUGGGGCUGAUUCGCGACUUGGGCUACCGUAGGCUGAUCCUCAAGUGCGACAACGAGCCCGCCACCAAGGCGCUGCAGAAGAAGAUUGAGGAGAGCGUCGUCGGAGUCGAGAUCCUACCUCAAGGACCGCCCGAGGGAGACCAUCGAGCGAACGGUCUGGUAGAGGCGGCGGUGAGGGAGGUCAAAAGGAUGUGCCGAACGAUACGUGUCGCUAUGGAACUGAAGAGAGGAGAGAGAGUUGAGGACGACCACCCAAUCCUGAGCUGGCUGCCCCGGUAUGCGGCGCAGGCGAUUAGCAAGAUGAGGAUCGGGACCGACGGCAAGACGGCGGAGAUGCGAAGGACUGGUCGCCGGUGGCGCAAGCCGCUAGCACAGUUCGGUGAGAAGGUCUGGUUCCGACGCAUCGGAGAGGAUGGAGGCAGCAGCUAUGCCAGCAGGAUGACCCAGGGGAGGUUCGUUGGCCAUCACGAUCGGACUGGUGCGACGUUGUGCAUGACUGGCAAAGGAGUGGUUCGCGGCAAGUCCUGGACGAGGCAGGCUCUAGAAGAUGCUUGGGAUAGAGCUGGCUGGGGCGAUCUGUGUGGGACGCCCUGGGAGAUGCUGGCCAAGGAGACCAAGCUGGAGAAGAAGGUGACAGCGGACAAGGACGGCAAGGGAGAGCCCCUGCCAAACCCACCAGGGGUGGAGAGGGCGCCGGAGGUGGCGCCAAGGAGGUUCUACGUCCUCACGGCAGACAUCGAGGACCAGCAAGAGAGGCUGCAGCGGAACCAGCGGCGCCGCCGGCGCCGACAGGAGGAGGAGAUGAACAGAUGCGCGCUGAUGAGGAAGGCGACGGACGCGUUGCCGGAGAAAGACAAGAAGCACGAGGAGUGCCAAGAGAGACGCUUCGAGUACCGCAAGAGGCCAGUUCUGGCGCGGGCGCGGGACCAGCUGAGGGAGCCGUACCUAGAGUUUCUGGAGCUGGACAUGUCGAUGCGGUACAUGCAGGAGCUCCUGAACUGGUACAGGCACGAUGAGAUGGGGGACCUCGACCUCAGGGAGUUGGGCGAGCUGAAGGAGGAGCUCGCGGCGUUGAAGGCGCUGGACUUCACCGAGAAGGGCACAGAGGACGAGGAAGCUGAUCUGGGAGCAGUGGACGUGAUGGAGAUCUUCUCGCCCCCGAGGUUCACGGAGGCGGCGAGGAGGCAUGGGCUCAGGCCUGGCGUGGCAGUGGAUCUCUCUACGUGCCGACCGAGUGACGGAGUCGGCUGGGAUCUGCUGAGGAAGGAUGACCAGGAAGAGCUCAACAGGAUCAUCGAGAAGGAUGAACCCUGGCUGCUCACGGGGAGCCCGAGGUGCGACCCGUUCAGCCAGCUGCAGUACCUGAAUAGGCUGACCACGGACGAGAAGGUCCGGGAGCGGAGGCUUCGAGAUGGACGUGAAGGGCUGCGGGUCGCGAUCGAGGCGUACAACAAGCAGUACGAUGCCGGAAGGUACUUCCUGCAUGAACACCCGGCCACAGCUACUUCAUGGAAGGAGCAAGGCAUGGAGGAGUUGAUGUCCCGAGAGGGCGUCUACUACGCGCAGGGCCCGAUGUGUCGGUACGGGCUUCAGCUGCCGGAGAAGUACCGGGACGAGAGUGACGGCGUCCCGGAGUACGUGAGGAAGGAGACGGGCUUCAUCACGAACAGCGAGGAGAUCUGGCAUGAGCUGAAUGGCAAGUGCUCCAACCUGGUUGGAGGAGAGCUUCACCGGCACACCGAGCUCAAGGGCGGAGUGGCUCACUUCGCGGCGAAGUACCCUCCGAAGUUCGUCAGUGCGGUGCUGAGGGCGCUGCGAAGGCAGCUGAGGAAGGAUGGAGAGCUCAAUGCAGUUGACGAGAUCGCGGGACCGGUUCCCGAGAUCCCGAUCGAGUACAAGGAGAUGCUCGAGAAAGGCGGAGGCUUCUGGGAUGAUGUCAACGGCGGUUUCCUUCCGACCGAGAAGGUCUUGGCGGCGCGCCAGGAGGAGAUGGACUGGAUCCACGGCGAGAAGGUCUACGACAUCGUUCCGGAACAAGAGGCUCAAGAAGCAGGAGUACGACCACUGGAUGUUCUAUGGGUCGACACGGACAAGUCCAUGGACCCGAACGAGCAGAAGGUGAGAUCCAGGCUGUGCGUGCGCGAGUACAAGACGAAGAAGGAUGGCAAGGUCCAGAGGGCUCUACCGGCGGCGCAGCUGUUCUCGGCGAUGCCGCCGCUGGAGGCCGUGAAGAUCUUGAUGUCCAAGAUGAUGACGGGAGGCGUGUCCAAGUCAGGCAAGCGCCUGAAGUUGAGGCACUAUGACAUCUCCAGGGCGCACUUCAUGGGCAAGGCUCAGCGGCUGGUGUACAUCAGGCUCCCAGCCGAAGAUCGCCAGCGCUACGGAGAGAAGAUGCUCGGCCGCCUGGUGAAGUCGAUGUACGGCACCCAGGACGCCUCACAUCUUUGGCAGCUGGACUACGUGGAGCUGUGUUGCUCGAGUGAAGGCGGCUUCAAGAGGGGCAAGCAUAACGCGGCGCUGUUCUUCAACCCGACGGCGGACAUCAGCAUGGCUGUCCAUGGGGACGACUUCGUCGUGCUCUCGGACGACGACGGGCUGAACCACGUCGACAGGCUGCUGGCGUCGAAGUACCCGAGCAAGCUGAUGGGCACCGUGGGCUUCGACGACGGCGACAACGACAGCUUGCAGCUGCUGAACAGGAUCGUGAGGAGAGGCCGAGAUGCUAGAGGAGAAUACCUCGAGAUCGAGCCCGACCCGAGGCAUGCGAAGAUGAUCCUGGCGGAGACGGGCUGCGCGGAAUCCACGAAGGCCGUCAACACGCCCAGGGAGAAGAUCAAGGACGCGACGGUCCUCGAGGGCAUCAAGGGCAAGAAGCUGGUCGCGAGCGAGGUCACUCGCUACAGGUCGGUGUGCAUGAGGCUCAGCUACCUGGCGCAGGACCGGCUGGACCUGGUGGAGAGCGCGAAGAGUGCGGCUCAGCGGAUGGCUGGUCCGACGGAGUUCGACUGGCAGCCGCUUAAGAGGGUCGCUCGCUACUUAGCAGGUCGACCGAGGGCUUCGAUCCGGUAUCGGAUGCAGGCGCCGGUGGACAAGAUCGAGGUGUACGUGGACAGCGACUUCGCGGGGGACCCCAUCAGCCGGAAGUCGACGACGGGCUUGGUGGCCAUGGUGGGGUCGCACCCCAUCAAGGGCAGCAGUACCCUGCAGAGCCUCACUUCUCUCAGCGUGGGUGAGGCGGAGUUCUACGCAGUGGUCAAGGGGGCUGCAGUGGCGCUGAUGCUGAGGUCCAUCUACGAGGACUUCGGCGACAACAUGGAGGCUCGGGUGCUGAGCGACAGCACCACCGCCGGGAGCCUGGCCGACCGUCUGGGUGUUGGGCAGAGGACCAAGCACAUCCAGACGAGGUUCCUGUGGGUCCAGGAGCGGGUGCAGGACAAGGACCUGAAGGUCGCCUACCUCGAGACUUUCAUCGAACGCUGCGACAGCCGUCGCCUGCCCGACCCCACGACCCGCCGCGGCGAAGCCAGAAACGCGCUCCCCCGGGGUACAAUGUCGGAGUUCGCGGGCGCCGGGAUGCCGAUGCAGGGCGAGGCGCGACUGCUGAGCGGGCUCACCGAGAAGGCGAUACGCAACGGCUUCGUCCGGAAGGUGUAUGGUAUCCUGGGGGCGCAGCUGGUCGCCACCGCUGUCAUCGGCCGGAUCAUCAUGAGCGUUGGCGACUCUUUGCAAGAAAGCACGGUCCUUUUCCUGCUGUUCAUGUCGCUGGCGAUCUCGGUGGCGAUGAUGUGCGUGUUUAUGUGUAGACCAGAUAUGAUGCGCAAGUCUCCGUCGAAUUACAUCUGUCUCGGGCUGUACACGCUCGCGAUGGGCAUCAUGGUCGGCUUCAUCAGCGCCCAGUACACCCAGGAGUCUGUACUCAUCGCCCUCGGCAUCACGUGUCUCGUCGUGGUUGGCCUGACUGCGUUUGCCUGCCAAACAACGUACGACUUCACAGGCUGCGGGCCCUACCUGUUCUGUGCCUGCCUCGUUCUGAUGGGCUUCAGCUUCACACUGUGGAUCGCCUCCAUUGCUGGUCUCCACGGCCCAGCCUUCCAGACUGCGCGCCUCGUCUAUUCCGCCAUGGGUGCCAUGCUCUUCUCGGCCGUCUCCCAGCUGGCUGCAGGCGAGCAGAAGGGAGCAGAGAUGGAGCAGGUCAUCCAGCAACUUCAGGCGCAGGUCCUGCAGCUGACUCAGCAGUUGCAGGCGGUCCAACAGGGCGCGGCCCAGCAGGGCGGCAUGGCGGACGCGGUGGCCGCCAUCAGGGAGCUCGCCAGGGCCCAGGCGGACAGAUCUCGACCGACGCUGGUCGACACCAGGGGCCUAGGGAGGCCGAAGGUCUUCAGCAACAAGGAGGACGAUUUCCAGAACUGGUCCCAGAAGGUGGAGUCGUUCUUCAGCGGGGUGUUCCCGGAGGCGGAGCGGCUUCUGGAGUGGAGCGCGGACCAAGGAGGAGAGGUCGAGCUGGACGCGGUCAGGGACGAGUUCGGGGAGCUCCAGGACGACCCUGAGCGCAGGGUCGAGCAGCUGGAGGCGAUCACGCAUCAGCUGUUCACGGCGCUGAUCCAGCUGACGGAGGGUGAGUCGCUGAACAUCGUGAAGAAUUCUAAGAAGAACCCGUACGAGGCGUGGCGGCGGCUCCAGAAGAGGUUUGACCCAGCCACGGGAGGCCGCAAGAGGAACCUCCUUCGGACGAUCCUGAAUCCAGGGAGGUGCCGCAUUGACGACCUGCAGGCGUCGAUCGAGCGGUGGGAGAACUACGUCUCCAGGUAUGAGAAGAAGGUGAACCACGCCAUGGACGACGAGCUGAAGCUCGCAGGGUUCGAAGCGCUGGUGCCUGAGGAGCUGGAGAAGCACUUGAUCAUGAAUGCGAACAGGCUGCAGACGUAUGAUCAGGCGAGGCUCGAGGUCGUCACAUACGUGGAGGCCAAGACGGGGCUUCGCAUCAGGGACAAGAAGCCGAGCGACAACAUGAGCACUGACCCAGACGCGAUGGACACCUCGGCGCUGAGCCUCAACUCGCUCAAGGGCGGCAAGAAAGGUCCGAAGGGAGGAUGCUACAACUGCGGAGGCAACCACUUCGCGAAGGACUGCAAGAAGGGCAAGACUGGCCAGAGCAGGGACUCCAAAGGCAAAGGUGUUUGGUCGAUGGGAGCGUUGACCUUAGGCAGUCUCGAGGAGUGGAAGCCGGAGGUGCCGAAGGACAUCGGCGCGAUCGAGGACAGCAAGUACGAGUGGGUCAAGAUGAACCUGGACUCGGGAGCUGGGGUGACCUCGUUCCCAUUGGAGUUCGGGCCGGAGAGCACGGGCAACGGCAGCCUCUACAAGACGGCAAGCGGCGAGUGCAUUCCAGACGGGGGCCCUUGGGAGUUCCUCGGCUAUGACGAGAACGGCCGGUGGAGAUCCUUGAAGGGCAGGCUCAGCGGCGUUCACAAGGUGCUGUGUUCUGCAGGCAAGAUGGCGACGAAUGGCAGGCAGAACUUCUACAUGACGGCGGACGGCGGCUGGGUCAUCCCGAAGGACUCGGACAUAGGCCGCGAGAUCGACAGGUCCAUCGAGAGGUGCGUCAGCCGGUACGGCACGGACGAGUUGAUCCCUCUGUACUUGGAGGACCAGGUGUACAAUUUCUACAUGCAGAGGGAGAUCUCGGCGACCACCGUCGAGAGGAAGAAGGAGGUCGUCACGGGGGGCUCGAGUUCGGGAAACGGCUCGGGCAGGGCGCCAGAGCGCCCGUAA